CAAGCGGGGACAAAGACAGUAGAUAAAAACCUGAAAGAACUUUUAACUCUUCCACAUUCCAUCCAACACCAAAAAAAAAAAAAGUUUUGGCUAGAGAUACAUUUUAAGAUUCUUUUACUUUUAAUUUCAGACAAAAGACCAAUGGUGAACAUCACGCAACCUUCGGGUAACAGGACCACUCUGUCUGCAUAUGAUGAAAAGACCAUCGAAACUGUAAGGACGUCUCUGUUGGUUGUGAUGCUUCUUGGCUUCUGCUUCUUCCUGUACCUAAUGAAAAUUUUGUUGAGUGUUUAUUUCACCACCGACCACAUCCGGGACAACUCCCGCUAUAUUCUGUUUGCCCACAUGCUCAUCACGGACACAGUGUAUCUGUUCAUAUGUCUUUUGCUAGCGGUUUGUUCACUCUACCUGGUGUAUCUCCCAUUCUCUGUCUGUUACACGGCGGUGGCUGCAGCUUCGACAUCUUUUAUCGUCACUCCAUAUAAUCUGGCCAUUAUGUCACUGGAACGUUAUGUGGCUGUCUGCUUCCCAUUGAGGCACACAGUAAUUUGCAGCGUGCAGAAUACCUGCAUUGCCAUUGCAGUUAUUUGGGUGCUGGGGUUGGUCACUCCAAUCGUAGAACUUAUAGCUGUGCUGUUUUUGAUUAACAAGGACGUUUUGGCCCUGAAGGUCAAAUGUAGUUAUAUGGCAGUAACGAUAAUUCCAUUACAAAGUUCCAUAAAGUCCCUCAGCAUUGUCUUCAGCCUCUCAGUGGUAGGAAUGAUACAUAUGUUUACUUACAUGAAGGUCAUCAUCGCGGCCAAGAAGAUAAGUUCGGGUACGUCGUUUGCCUCCAAAGCGGGACGGACGGUCAUACUCCACACCUUCCAGCUACUGCUGUGUAUGACGUCUCUCAUCUCCUCAUUCAUUGACACCAUCUUCGCCGACAACAUUGUCUUCUUGCGCAUGACUUUCUUUUUGGCGUUCAUGUUUUUGCCAAGGUUCCUCAGUCCUUUGAUCUAUGGGUUACGUGAUGUGGUCUUCCGCAAGUAUUUGAAAAAGUUGGGGACUCCUGCCAUUUUGUAAAU